CAACAAAAAUGAAAAAACGAAGUACCCCUUUUAACCCCACUUAAAACUCCUCAGCCCCUCACCCUUCCCCUAUAGGCCAUUCUCAGUCCCCCUACUUCCCUUCCUCCUUCAUUCCUUCCCAAAAUCCCUCUUCUCUUCCUUCAAUCUUCUGAAGUUCCCAGUCACCGUACAAGAAUGAACAGGUCUUGCCAGAAGGAGAAACUGUAAGGAAGAAGAGGAGAGGGAGUGAAGGAGUUUGGACGCAAAGGAAGGAGGGGAAGAGUAGAAAUGGGACGGUGAAAAGGUGGUGAUCGGUACAGAGGUGGAGGAGUGGGAUAGUUGUCAUUUAGUACUGAAAUUUAUGCGCUUGGGUAUGUUCUUCAGUGGUCAAUUGUUUGCUUGCCAGUGUCUUCAAUGGAGAAAGUGGCAUAGAGGUGUUUAUGGUAGAAAAUAACUUUAUAUUAAGAAUCAAGGUUACUUGUUUUGAGAAAUCUCAGCUUUACUACUUGAAAUCAAGCUUUGCUGUUUUAUUUUAAGCUGAUCUAACUCGAUAAAAAGUUACAGAAAUAACAAAAUGAAAUCAAUCAGAGAUAAGGAAUUAAUGAGGAAAAUAAAAGAAGCUCAAAGAGGAUCAUCCAGACUAGAAUCAGGGCAAUAAACUCCAUCAAUAAGUAUUUGGCAAAGAUUCUCCCAGUGCUGACCUGAAUCUCGAUAAUACCGUAAGUACAAUUUUUGGAACAUGAAAGGAAGAAAUAUACUAUUCACCUGUAAUACAUGAGCUGUAAUUUUUAGAUAUAUUACAAGAAGACAAAAGAUACUGAAUACGACUCAGAGAAAUCUAUGGAUAUUGUCCGAUUUUGUUUCACUCAUGGAAUUAAGUUGCGAAGGCAACCUCCUAUCUAUACAGGAGCAACACGAAUCAAAAAGGCUAAAUACAUCCUUGCAAAGAUGAAAAUGAGGCGAAAAUUAAGAAGCAGUUUGUUAGUGGUUAAAUAAAACAAAUGGAAUAUUUAGAAAAUUAAUAUCCUAGCUCUUAAAAUACUUGACUAUUGGGUCUUUUAUUAGAUAAAUUUGAUUUGGUACACAUCCUUACUACUCAACGAUGCUUUACAGUAGCCACAUUUUCUGAUCCUGGCAUUAAAGCAAUCAUUGAUGCAAUUUUGACAAUAGAGAUGUCCACAUGAGAGAGCAGUUGAUACCUCAAAAGAGCUUCAGAUCUUACACAAUAGCUUGUUUCUAUAUCUCUCUAUCAUCUCUCUUCCUUGACUACAUUCUUCACAUUCCCCAUUGCUUGAACUUAUACUCUUCAGCAUGCUCUUCUUUAGGUCUUCUUUCUUUAAAUUUAUUUCUUUAAGAAGCUCUUUGCUCUUAUCUUCUCUAUGAGAUUCAGAGAUUCCAUAAUUAUUCAGCUGGAUUUUCAGAUUAUUAAUCUUCUUAGUGUUAUUAUGGUCAAGAUCUUUCAGAAUUUUAUUUUCUUCCUUUAACUGCUCAAUGAUCUUCUUAUUCUCAACAUCUAUUCUGCGGUUAAGACUUUUAGUUUCUUCUAUUGAGCAUAGCUGGUUUUUUAAUCCUGCUACUUUUAUCAUAAGAUCGCCUUUUUCAGAUAUUAAGGUUGUGUUUCUUAGUUGAUAGUCCUUACUAGUUUCUGUCAAUAACUGUGUUUGUUCUACAACCUUCAUGUACUCUUCAUAUUGGACUACCAUCUCUUCGGUCAAUCUAGUGAUCUCUGCCUUUAAGCUAUUGAUUUGAUCGUUAUCUUCAGUAAAUAGGUCUUCUUUCUUGAUUUUUCUGAAAGUUUCCAGGUCUUGCUUAAGUUCUUCGAUAUAUCUUCCUCAGCGCUGAGUCAUCUCCUUAUAGCUUUCAGGGGCUCCCAACUGGUUAUCCUCCUCAUCUUUACUCUUAACAAUGUGUUGGGCAAUUUCUUCUUUGACUCGUUUGUUACUGACAAGCAUCUCUUCUUUUAGCUCUUUGAGUUUUUUGUUGAAUACAUCUAUUUCCUUUUGGUGCCUCUUUUUCAAAUCAUGAAUAUCUUCAUCACAUUCUUUCUGAAGUUUGUUGAAACGCUUAAUUUUCUCACUGUACUUAUCACUAAGUUCAUGAUAGCGAUCUAAGAGUUCUCUACCUUGCCUUGAGAGUUUCCUGCCAAUUUUGGUUUGAGUGAAAACAGAAUCACUUUUGAAGUAUGUAAAACAGUUUAGUGAGAAGCUCAUCAGAUCAUUGAUAGCCUUUUGGGCAGUAUCCUUCUCGAUCAAACUGAGUUUGUUCUCUCUAGUAUCAGUUGCAAUAUUAGUUUGAUCACUUUGUACUUUUCUCCCAAAAAUCUUUAUCUCAGGCUUUCUAAGUUUUAUUUUUUCAUCCUGUGGCUUCUCUAUACCUUUGUAGAUAUUCAGAUUCGUCUUUGGACCCUGAUUCGCUUUGAGCUGUUUAAUUAUAAUUUGUAAUCUUUUCACAUCUACUUCAUAGGCUCUAACUUUGGCUCUCAAACGGAGAAUCUCACUUUCUGGGUUCUGGCCAUCAAGGUAUUGAGUUUUUUUAUCUGUGUCACAAUCACGAGCAACCAAGCUUUUCAAACUUUUCAUAAAUUUACUUUCUUCUUCCUCUGUAUAAGUAGAUUUCACCUUAAGAUCACUUUGAAUCUUCUCUAUCAUCUUUUGCAAAUCUCUAUCUGAGACUUCUUUGAAAGCUUGCAGGAAAAAUGCAAGGAUCUGGUCGAAGUAGGUACUGAAAAGCUCUCUCAUAAGGUCAUCAUUGAGAUCUGUCUCAUCAGUUGGAUAAAACAGUUUGUAAGAAAGGGUAGUAAAGUCCUUAAACUUCUUCCUUAUUUUCUCAUUUUCUUCAGCCGCAAUUUUCGGAUCUCUCUUCUUAUACCUAUCAAGAUAUCCUUUAAACUUGAUCAUAGUGGAGGUAAUGGUAUUAUUUAUAGUCUUGAGGCCUGUCUCCAUCGUGACCAUCUUAUCUUUACAGUUAGACGCAAAGGUUCUGUCUGCCUUACAUACAUUUGACAACUUCCUAUUCUGUUCCUUCAACAAGAAGAUGUUUAACAUCGGGGUUGGGGUCUCAUAAAGAGUCUUAGCAUUAGCUUCUGUUUCUACUUGUUGAUCAAUCAUUGCUAUCCCAAACUAUUU